GGGGGGGGGGCGGGGAGAUAGACCUCGCCCUGCAGAAGAGGCGGCUGUCUGACGGGGGGGUGCCCGCCCCAGAUCCUCCUGGGUGCCCGCCGCCAAACCCUGGGAAGUGGCCAAGGGGCGACAGGGGACCCCCCCCCCCUGCAAAGCCUGAGGCAGUUGGGGAAGCCCCCCCGGCUCCUGACGGCCACACCUGGCCCGGGAGAGGGGCUGGCAGAGCUGCUGCCCCCGGAGCCGCGGGAGCUGCCGGGCAGGACCAGAGCGGCGAAGUUCUGCAAAGAAACUUUUUUGGCGUGGCCGGACGCUGCGGGGGGGGCGGGGGGGCGCUUUUUAACCCCUCGUGCGCUCCUGCAAAAGCCUCUCCCGCCUCGCAGCACAUGAGCCGGAGCUUCCCGCCAGCCCUCCGGCCAGGACAGCCCCCGAGAGAGGAGCAUCGCAGGGCAGAGAGCACCGACAGGUGGAUCAGACCCGGCACCUCCGGCUCCCCAGGCCAGGCCUGCUCUCGGCGGUGUCCAGGAGGGCCCCCUCGGACAGCAUGGACCCCCGGGCGCCUCACCUGCACCUGAGAGCCACCCCCAGCCUCUGGACCACCUGGGCUCUUCUCCUCCUGCCUGCGUCACUGGGGUUCCAAGGGCUUGCGAAGGAGGAGAGGCUGAUGAAACCAGAGCUGAGCUUUGCCAGAGAACACAUUAUCGUCCACGCGGGAGAGCCCUUCACCAUAACUUGCAGGGGCUUGCCUGGUUUGAGGUGGCUCUGGGAAAAUGACCCCUCCAAAAAUGGCGGAAGGUGGCACGUCUAUGAGCAGAAGUGUUCAGACCGGCCGUGGCUGACCUGCAGCACGCUCACAACGGACCAAGCCUUUGCUGGUGACACUGGCUACCUCACCUGCCUUUACAGCCAGUUCCAUUCGAAUGAAGAGCUCAAGGCCAAGAUCUACGUGUUUGUCAAAGAUAACAAGAAGCCUUUUGUCGACCCACACCCAAAACAUCCUGAAGUGAUCUAUGUCCAUAACGGCACUGAAGUGAUCGUUGUGCCUUGCCGGGUCACCUCUCCAGACAUCAUACCGGAUUUGCGGCUGCAUUCGCCCACCCCUGUGGUGUUCAGCCAGAAACAGAGGGAUUGGGACCCCAAGAGAGGGUUCCUGGUCACUUCGCCCUCCUUUGAGUUCUUCAGCGGCAUGCUCAAGUGUGUCACCGUGGUAGAUGGAGUCACCUACACGUCCUCCUACCUGCCGCAGAAAGUGGAGGAGCGGAUACGGAAUCUGGUUUUGAAAGCCACUCCGCAGAAGCUGCUGGUUGGAGAAACUCUGCAUCUGAUGUGCACGGCUGAGACAUUCUUCAACGGGCGGAUUGUGUUCGAUUGGAAAUUUCCAAAGGGGAAAGUGCAUAAACCCGUAAAAGCUUUGGACCAAAGUGAGCCAGUGUAUAAAGGCACCAGCAAUGUGACCAUCCCAAACAUUUCGAUGGAAGACAAAGGCCUAUACGUGUGCACCGGACGAGUCGCCAAUAACACGAAGGCACUGGAGACCAACGUCACGGUCACAGUAUACAGGGAACCUUUCCUCAAGGUUUUCUACAGGAAAGAGCAGAAGUACGAGGCGAAGGCCGGGCAGAAGAUGCUGAGGCUGGCUUGGAAGGUCGACGCUUUCCCACGCCCAAAUGUGACCUGGUACAAGGAUGGCAAGCUAAUUGCAGAGAACAGCUCCUGCUACGAACUGGAUCCUCUGAAGUACAGACUGGUCAUAAGGGAUCUGAGAGCAAAGCAUGAUGGGAACUAUACCAUCUCCUUAAGCAACACUAAACAUGGCCUCUAUGAAAACCUCACCAGUCAUCUGGUUGUGUUGGAGAGACCCAAAAUUUAUGAAAAGGAGACUGAUUUUGACAAGAACAAAGGCCAAGACCUGUUCACAAAAGGAGGGGAAUACAGCCUCACGUGCACAGCGAGCGGGGUGCCACUUCCCAGCAUACACUGGGCAUGGGAGGCAUGCGGCCUUCAAGACAGCCUAUGCAGAGAACAGGGACAAAGAACUGUGGUGAACCAAAUCACUGGCCACGAAACCAUGUCCCGAGCCAAUACAAUCAAGAACAUAGAGGAAAGGAAUGUCCGGCAAGGUGAUAAGGACAAGAUCCUGAGUGUCCUGACAAUCACAGCAAGCAACAUCUCCGGGAUCUACUUCUGCAUUGCUUCUAACAAAGCUGGCACAGAUGAAAGAAGCAUCAAGUUCUAUGUCUCAGAUAUGCCGUCCAAGCUACAGACAGAUCAGCAGAUCACCGCCAUUGUGGCAAACAGUGUUCAAAUGACCUGCAAAGCCAACAAGUACAUCUACAACCACCUGUCUUGGUAUGAUCCCGCCUUGCAGGCCAUUCCCACCACCUCGACGUGGCAGAAAGUCAACAACUAUUCCAUCUCCUUGACGCUGGAUAUAAAGAAUGUUUCUCAAGCCCAUGCCGGGCUGUAUAAGUGCAGAGCCCGAAGUCACCUGACUGGCACUGAGGAGCUGGAGAAAAGUACCUUUCUCCGCGUCAAAGUGAAGACGGCACCUCACAUUAUCGAGAACUUUACAGACUUGGAGGUGAACAUCAGCGGGAAGAUCGUUCUAGAGUGCAGAGUAAAUGGGACUCCAAAGCCAACAAUUUCUUGGCUGAAAAAUGGCUAUGCGAUUGCUCCUGCUUCAGGGAUUUCCAUGGAGAACAACACACUGGUGAUUGAGCGCGUGAAGAAGGACGACGAGGGUCAGUAUGAGUGCAAGGCGGUCAACGAAAUGGGCCAAGACAGUGCCAGGGCGUUCAUCAGGAUCCAAGGCUCUGAGGAGAAAUCCAACAUCGAAGUAAUCAUUUUGGUUUGCACCGGUUUAGCAGCCACGCUCUUCUGGCUCCUCCUGACCCUCUUUAUACGGAAGCUGAGAAAACCUGAUGCCACAGACAUUAAAACAGGGUACCUGUCCAUCAUAAUGGAUCCUGAGGAGAUGCCUCUGGAUGAGCAGUGUGAGCGCCUCCCAUAUGAUAGCAGCAAAUGGGAAUUCCCCAGAGACAGGUUGCGCCUGGGUAAAACUCUGGGUCAUGGUGCUUUUGGGAAGGUGGUGGAAGCGUCUGCUUUUGGCAUAGAUAAAUCUUCAACCUGCAAAACAGUUGCUGUUAAAAUGCUGAAAGCAGAGUGCGCAACGACCAACGAGUGCAAAGCUCUGAUGUCUGAACUGAAGAUCCUCAUCCAUAUCGGACAUCACCUCAACGUGGUCAACUUGUUGGGGGCUUGCACUAAGCCAGGAGGUCCUUUGAUGGUCAUUGUGGAAUAUUGCAAGUACGGAAAUCUGUCCAAUUACUUAAGAGGAAAAAGAGGAGACUUUAUUGCCUGCAAGCCUCAGGAGCAUUCCGAUUCUGGCGAGAAGGGCCUUGAGGAGUCUAUCAGUGACUUAACGGAGCUGAUCAAGAGGCGCCUGGAGAGCGUCGCCAGCACAGGAAGCUCUGCCAGCUCAGGAUUCAUUGAAGAUAAAAGUUACACAGACUCUGAAGAGGAGGAAGAAGAUGGCGAAGAUCUGUAUAAACGCCCCCUGACCUUGGAGGAUUUGAUCUGCUACAGUUUCCAGGUGGCCAAAGGCAUGGAGUUCCUGGCCUCAAGAAAAUGCAUUCAUAGGGAUUUGGCAGCCAGGAACAUCCUACUGUCUGAAAACAACGUGGUGAAGAUUUGUGACUUUGGACUGGCAAGAGAUAUUUACAAAGAUCCCGACUAUGUGCGGAAAGGCGACGCCAGACUUCCGCUGAAGUGGAUGGCUCCAGAGGCUAUCUUCGACAAAAUUUACACCACCCAGAGCGAUGUGUGGUCUUUUGGUGUGCUGCUGUGGGAAAUAUUUUCUCUAGGGGCUUCUCCGUACCCAGGGGUGCAGAUUGAUGAGGACUUCUGUCGACGCCUCAAAGAAGGAACCCGGAUGAGAUCGCCAGAAUAUUCAACUCCAGAAAUCUACCAGACGAUGUUGGAUUGCUGGCACGGAGCUCCAACAGAGAGACCCACCUUCACAGAACUGGUGGAGCGCUUGGGAGACCUCCUGCAGGCAAAUGUGCAACAGGAUGGGAAAGAUUAUAUCCCCCUGAACAUCACGUUGUGCCCGGAUGGCGGCUCCAACCCUAAGAUCUGCAUCCUGGAAGAGAAGCUGAGCAACUGCAUCAAUCGCUGGAGCGCCCUGGAAGCCAGUAUUAAUGCCAAGAAUCGGCCACUCAGCGUGAAGACAUUUGAUGAAGUGCCUGUGGAGCUGGGCAAAGCCAACCAGGAGGAAUGCGAGUCAGAUAGUGGGAUGGUGCUGACUUUGGAUGAGAUCAAAAGCCGAAAGAGACUGGAAAUCCGCUCCUGGCCCUACGGGAUUAUGGCGCUGGCGAAAAAAGCCAUCCACAAGAGCAAGGAGUCUGUGUUAUCCGAAAACGAACGCGGGUUUGCGAAGUACCAGUCGGCCACCCAGGUGGAUGAAGAUCCCCUGGAAGACUCUGUCCUCCUGCCCCUGGAUCCAACCCUGGAGUGCCACAGCCCUCCGCCAGACUACAGCUCCGUCAUUCAGUAUUCUCCUGCCCCGUCCGUGUAGCUGACCCGCCCCCUCACCUCUCUUCUGCCGCUCAGUAUUCUCCUGUUUCUCUGGCCUGCUGAAAGGGACUAAUUGUCAAGGGGGAGCGCGAAGCUGCCCAGUGUCCUGGUUCCUCUGUCCUCCAUGCUGAAUCUGUGAGACAAAUGGGAAUUCUUCAGGAGCAGCCGGCUGCAUUAUAGCAUGUCACCUUCCAUGCAGCAGGACAUCUUGAUUUUGUGUCUUCCUCCAAACUUUGCAAUGCCCACCAUGACUUAGACCCUGCCGCCACUCCAAUCUGCUCGUGGUGGCCUUGUCCUCCUUCGCCAGGAGCCUCCGCCGUUCACUGGACAGAGCCACAUUUUGUUUUCCUUACUGGUUGCUCAGAACUCACUGAAAAUGCCGGGGUCUCUUUUUCUAAUUCUUCAGAUAUUGCCUUUGCCAUUUUGGAUAUAAAAAUAUUUUUUUAAACUCAGCUUUUGUUGCCAGCUGUGAUGACUAAAAAAUGAAUGGAGGGAAGGACUGGAUCAAUUCUGCCGGAAUCAUUUUCGGCAUGUUGUGGCCAUUAGCACACUUGAUUUGGGCUGGAGAUCAACGGUGGCAGAAUGAAGCUGAGGGAAAGUGGAAUCCAUUAGCUGUUCCAAAUCUUGUCUCCCCUCUUUCUGUCUCUCAGCUAAACAGCUGACAGGGAAGUCAAUCCUAUAAGCAUCUGUUUGUUUCAUACUAGUUUACGUGACUUGCAGGAAAUCCCCCAAAGAAUCCUGGGAACUGCUUGAAAGAACUCCGAAUUGGAUUAGAGAUUCCCAGCACCACUCCAGAACUACAGUUCCCAGCAUUCCUGAGAUCGCAGAGUGACUGAAACAAGUUCCAAUAUUCCCUAAAGAUGUGCCCUGACUAUACCUUUCUCUAAAGAAAGUUAUUUUAAAUGUCUUGUGUAGAAAGAAAGAAAGCAGUCUUGACAACUGAUGGCAACCACUCUCGAUAUUCAGCUCAGAGAGUAAGGGUUUUUAAAUAUGUAUGAAAGAAUUGAAUGACCCUACAAAGAACGAAGCUAAAAAAAACACUCAGGGAGAGUUGUGUUGGGGCAGCGACAGUCAGAAGGCAAACUCAAGACCCCACGGAACUGGGCAAAGAAGCUUCAGAAUGGCCAGUCUAGUUCUGUAUUCUGGUUGAUCAGCUAGUGUAGAAGAUAAUGGAGUAGUCUGUCUUUAUGCAAUAACAAAUGUCCUUAAAAUCUCCAGUGAGCCUCAGUUAACCAUGUAUAAAUUUAUGUAUGUCUCUGCUUAGAUAAGCUAUAGAUAGGACAGGAGGCACGCACUGUAAAAGCACUUAGCUUUUCACAAUCAUGAAAUCUGUUCUAUUAACUCUUUGCUUUAGUAGCAUAAGAUGGCUUUGCUGUGAAAUUGUCUUUUGAUAACGUGCCUUACUUUUUAACUUAUGAAGAACAGGAGUGUCUGGAAACAGUGGCUUGAGAUGGGUUCAGGAGGGAUUUUAAAAGCUGUGAAUGCGGAACUUUAUCCUCUCCUAUGCAAGAGAAAAUAGGAAAUGUCGCAGUUGUUGGCUUAUGGUCCCUGUUUCCAGCACCCCUUUCAGUGCCUUUAUUUGCAAAGACUUUGCUGACAUGGCUCAGAAUGACGGGGGACUGGAAGAGCCAUUGCAGUGGGCAACCUUUGAAUGGGCUGCCAUAGUUGUGCCUUGAACUGCAGUUCGACCUGCAGGUAACUAGCUGGGAUCCUCAUUUGCCUCCAUGCUGCAACAGCCUCAUCUGACGGCUCCUCCAGAUCAGAUGGCUGCUAAAGACACAACUGUGCCCCAAGCCUUUCUUUCUUUCUUUCUUUCCUUCCUUCCUUCCUUCCUUCCUUCCUUCCUUCCU